AUGUCGGAAUCAAGUUCUCCACUAUUAGUGGGUGCUUUACUACGCCACCAUAAGGAACUUAAGCAAAGACAAGGCUUAUACCAAUCACGUCAUAUGGACUUUUUCAGAUACAAGAGAUUCGUAAGAGCAUUGAAAUCACCUGAAUACCAUAAGAAGUCUCAAGAAGAGCCGGAAUUGUACCCACCCGUCAAGACUGACGAUGAUGCCCGUGAAGUCUUUGUUUCGUUGAUCAAGUCGCAGGUUGUUGUACCAUGCAAGAAGUUGCACUCUUCAGAGUGCAAGGAAAACGGUCUUAAGCCCGACAAGGACUAUCCAAAUCUACUUCUCUCAGAUAAAGCUACCCUAGAACCGGAUGAGUACUACGUAUGGAUGUAUACCCCCAAGACAUGGCUAGAUUAUGUUACUGUUAUUGGUGUCAUUGUGGGCAUACUCGUGUUUGUCUGCUAUCCGCUAUGGCCUUCUUCCAUGAAACGUCUCGUAUAUUAUUUGUCCCUCGGAUUAUUAGCUCUCAUCGGUUUAUUUUUCGGUAUAGCCGUUAUUAGGCUUUUUGUAUACGUAUUAUCGCUAGCUAUGGUUAGUGAGAAGGGUGGCCUAUGGAUAUUCCCUAACCUCUUUGAGGACUGUGGUGUACUCGACAGUUUCAAGCCGCUCUAUGGUUAUGGUGAGACCGAAUGCUACAGUUACAUUAAAAAGAUGAAGAGGAAGAAGAAGAACAUUCAGAAGAACUAG